AAACCACGCCCUACGUAGGAGACACAGCACCCAGCGUGGACCCGCUGCUCGCAGGCUCCUCUGUCUGCUUUGCCUCCCGCGUGCACUGAAGAUGGCGGCCGCUGCGGGAAGGUUCCUCAGGUCCUCGGUUGCUCAGCAUGUGGGUACCAUUUCCCGGGGUGUUUGUGCUUCGUCACUUCUUAGGCCUAUUGCUUCUAGAAGACCCUGCUUGACAGACAAUCUGUGGUCUGCCUCUGCCCAACCAAAGUUUGCCUUUAGCACCAGUUCCUCCUUCCGCACCCCUGCUGUCACACAGCAUGCUCCCUAUUUUAAGGGUACGGCUGUUGUCAAUGGAGAGUUCAAAGAGCUGAGUCUUGACGACUUUAAGGGGAAAUACUUGGUGCUUUUCUUCUACCCUUUGGAUUUCACUUUUGUGUGUCCUACAGAAAUUGUUGCUUUCAGUGACAAAGCCAAUGAAUUUCAUGAUGUAAACUGUGAAGUGGUUGCGGUUUCAGUGGACUCCCACUUCAGUCAUCUUGCCUGGAUCAAUACACCAAGGAAGAGUGGUGGUUUGGGCCACAUGAACAUCACGCUAUUGUCGGAUUUAACCAAGCAAAUAGCCCGAGACUACGGAGUGCUGUUGGAAGGUGCUGGCGUUGCACUCAGAGGCCUCUUCAUUAUUGACCCUAAUGGUGUCAUCAAACACUUGAGUGUCAACGACCUCCCAGUGGGCCGCAGUGUGGAAGAAACGCUCCGUCUGGUGAAGGCAUUCCAGUUUGUGGAGACCCAUGGAGAAGUCUGCCCUGCCAACUGGACACCAGAGUCCCCUACGAUCAAGCCAAGCCCAACAGCUUCCAAAGAGUACUUUGAGAAGGUCCAUCAGUAGAUCAUCCCAUGUCUGGUGUCUCAUGCCAGAAAAGAGCCACGGCUGGAAUCCCUUCAACCAUUUGAAGAUUAUUUAUAGAUGGCAAAACCUCAUAAUGCUUGUGUUUAUGAGUACUGCUCCAUGAGCUUUGUUUUGUAAGAUAGGCUCAGGCUCUCUAAAGAUGGCUAGCUGCUUCCAUACCUGUCCUUACUAGGGACUUCUUGAUGGCUAACCAGUUCCCACAGAAUGCUUGGUCCCCCAUUUCUUUCUUUUUAUUUAGUACCCCAUUUUUUAGAUCAUGUCUUCAGAAGGCAAGCAUUCUUCUCCUUAGCCUGCUCUGAACCUUAGCAGUAGCACAUAGCACCGGCACUUAAAAAUUCUGAUCAAAGUCUUGAAAUUUCCUCCUGAAUUUCUGUGUAUUAAACCGAAUUUUCCAUUAAUAUUCUUACUGUAUUCAUUAACUUAUAAUGUCCUUAGGUAUAGAGAUAUAAUCAUGAAGGACUAUGUCUAAUCUGGUGGUUGCAUUUUUAAAACACCAUAAUCAUUUUCUUCAAGUGCUGGAUGUAAAGUAUAGUUUAAAAAUGAACAUUAAACUAUUUGCAUUUUUGACAUCA